AUGGAAGCAUACCAGUUAGACCACAUGCAGGCUACAAAUUACUGUCCCCCACGACAUAAAAUUUCAAAAGAACAGCUUGAAAAUUACUUCGGAAAACUGGGAAACAAAUUUAUAUCUGGAGGUGACUGGAGGAGAACUUUUUGUGACUACAUCCACAAUAAAAAAUUUGCGAUCAUAUCAACUGGAGAACCAACAUACUGGCCGACCGAUUCAACAAAAGUACCAGACCUACUGGAUUUCUUUAUUUCCAGCGGAAUAUCUAACAACUAUGUUCAUGCUGAAUCUAAACUAGAUUUAUCAUCUGAUCAUUCUGCAGUUAUAUUAGUAAUCAGUACAAAAGUGAUUAUCAACACGCAGCAACCAAAAUUAACAAAUCCACUGACCGACUGGAAACUACUUGCAACCAAGAUUGAUUCAAAAAUAAAUCUUAGGCAAUCACUGAAAUCUCAUGAAGACAUCGAUUACGCCACAGAACAACUAACCAAAAUAAUCCAUGAUGCGGCAUCAGAGUCUACACCAAUUAAAACACAGCAGCAUAACAUUAUUAACUAUCCAGAAAAAAACUUUAAAAAAAUCACAGAAAAAAGAAAACUUAGAAAAAUCUGGCAAACCACUAGAUGCCAUAGUGACAAAGAAAAAGUCAAUUUAGCAACGAAGCAGCUCAAAGAUUUGCUACAACAACGCAGAAAUGACACGUUCCAAGAAUAUUUAAACAGUCUUUCUACGACCGCAAACAACGAGUACUCGUUAUGGAGGGCCACUAGAAUAAUUAAAAGACCCAAGGUGCACAACCCCCCUAUGAAACACAACGGAAAUUGGGCUAGAACUAAUCAAGAAAAAGCUGAUGCAUUUGCUAACCAUCUAUCCGAAGUUUUCAAACCUCACUCGGUUACGGCCAACAAUGACUGGACAGAGGAAAUUGAAAACUUUCUUACAUGUCCACUACCACUAGAUCUGCCACUAAAAUGGUUCUCUCCCACGGAAAUCAAAAAAGAAAUUCAUUUGUUAAGAAAUAAAAAAGCUUUUGGACACGAUCUAAUUACAUCACAUAUUUUUAAAAAACUUACAAAGAAAGCAAUAGUAUUCAUAACCCAACUUUUCAACGCCAUAAUACGCACCUCUUAUACUCCAAAGCAAUGGAAAAUUUCACAAAUCAUCAUGAUCCCGAAGCCUGGAAAGGAGAGUCAUUUGCUAUCAUCUUAUAGACCAAUAAGUUUACUUCCAUGUCUAUCUAAAUUAAUCUCCGAAUGUCUAACGAAUAAACUAUAUUGCUCUGCAGUGUUUAUAGACGCACAACAAGCAUUCGAUAGAGUAUGGCAUAAAGGGUUACUCUACAAAAUUUUAAAAAACCUACCCCAAUUUUAUCUACUAUUUAGUUCAUACCUAAAAGGCAGAACGUUUCAAGUCAAGGUAGAUGAUGCGAUAUCCAAAUCUUAUAAUAAUAUUGCAGGUGUUCCCCAAGGCUCAGUGCUGGGACCCGUUUUGUUCUUUUUAUACACAGCGGACUUUAGCUGCAACAAAAAGGCCGCUCUGGCUACCUUUGUAGACGACACAGCAAUCUUAGCAGUAGAUGAGAAUCAUUCACUGGCUUCUAAGAAAGUACAGGAAAACCUUAACAUGUUAGAAGAUUGGCUGCAGAAAUGGAAAAUAAAAGUAAACGAAUCGAAGUCUUCACACGGUUUUUUGGUCUUUCACUCUUUCGGAGGUGGCACUGGAUCAGGAUUUACCAGUUUAUUAAUGGAACGUUUGAGUGUUGAUUAUGGAAAAAAGUCUAAAUUGGAAUUUUCAAUUUAUCCAGCUCCCCAGGUUUCCACUGCUGUCGUUGAACCCUACAACUCCAUCUUGACCACUCACACGACCUUGGAGCAUUCGGACUGUUCGUUCAUGGUGGACAAUGAGGCAAUUUAUGAUAUUUGCCGAAGAAAUCUCGACAUCGAGCGGCCGACUUAUACAAAUUUGAACAGACUGAUCGGACAGGUAAAUGAGAAAAACGGUGCAUCGGCAGUGUGUUUCAAGUGAUGCUAGAAAAUAUAUGCACUGUG